GUAAAGCGGAGCGAGGGGGCGGGGCCUCGGCACCUCCUCCAUCCCUCGCUGCGGACCGCAGGGAUGUUCCCCGCUCAGGAGGAGGCUGACAGGACCGUGUUUGUGGGCAAUUUAGAGGCCCGUGUGCGGGAAGAGAUUCUUUACGAGCUGUUCCUUCAGGCUGGGCCACUAACCAAAGUGACUCUUUGCAAAGACAGAGACGGAAAACCAAAGUCCUUUGGCUUUGUCUGCUUCAAGCAUCCGGAAUCCGUGUCUUACGCCAUAGCUUUGCUGAAUGGAAUUCGUUUGUAUGGGAGACCAAUUAAUGUGCAGUACCGGUUUGGGAGUUCUCGCUCUUCUGAACCAGCUAACCAAAGUUUUGAGAGCUGUGCUAAGAUCAACUCACACAGCUUCAGGAACGAUGAAAUGGUGUGCAGCCCUUCCUUCCCCGUGCCGUUUUUCCCCAUUACGAGUGCUGCGUUACCUCAAGAGUAUUUUUUCUUUCAAAAAAUGCAGUGGCAUACUCACAGCCCAGGGCUGCAGCCUCCUUUCUACGAGAUGACAGCUCCACUUCCCAACCCUGCGUCUGACCCUUGCUCCCUAAACCACGCUCCAGACCUAGAGGCUGGCCCCAGCUCCUACGAAUGGACUCACCAGCCAGCGAGUGACCCUGACCUGUAUCCUAGGAUUAAACGAAAGAGGCAAAGGCCAGACAGCGACAGCGACAGUAGCUCAGGAGACAAGAGAGGAAACGAAAGUAGCCAAAAGUGCCACAAGUGUAAAAAGAAGAAACGCUACUAGCGAACCGUGUCUGCACUGCUCUCGAACCUU